AUGGAGUUUGAGCAGAGAACAUGUGUUCGUUUUGCAAACGAAACUAAUACGUAUAGCAAUACUGGCGAGGAAAUACGUAUAUGCCGAAUAAUGGAACAGUCAAUCAAAAAUGUUAUCAAAAAAGAAAAUUACAUAUCUUUUCAAAUUUGCCACAACCCAAUCUCGACAAAUGGUGGUAAUUUUUUGGGUGAUUUGACAGAGGUUGACAUAAAAGGUAAAACUAAAGAUGGUGUGAAGGAGCUAAACAUAUUUGUCAAACAUAUUGUCCCAGAAACAGGAAUAAUUGAAGGAAUGGUCAAUGUUGAUGCUUGUUACAAGAGGGAAACUUUCAUGUAUGCUGAAUUACAGAAUAUUUUCGACGAGCUUUACAAUGAGGUUGGUAUUCCAAACAGUGAACGGCUAAGGAAAGCCCACUGCUACGAUUGCAAUUCUCAUGUAAUCAUCUUAGAUAACUUGUCUCGAAAAGGUUUCAAAGUACUAAAUAGAUUUAAUUUAAUGCCAUUGGAUUUUGCCGAAGCAGCAAUUAGAGAGCUAGCAAAAUUUCACGCUCUUUCUUUUAUUUUACAACAAAAGAGACCAGAUUAUUUUGAGAAGGAAAUCAAAACUCUCAAAAUCUCAUAUACACUCAUUGAGGAGAAUGACAUUAUAAUCGAUAAGUGGAACAAGUCCAUUCGAUCUUCCAUUGAAAAGUCUUUCGAAUGUGUUAAUCAAAACGAUCAAUCUAUAAAAGAAUAUAUUAUAGAAGAAGCGAUAAAAACAUUUCCGAAACAUUUAACAGGAAAAAUGGGAUUGGUAAAAUGCAUAUGUCAUGGAGAUUAUAGGAUGAACAAUAUAUUAUUAAGAAAAAACAUCGAUGGAGAGAUCGAAACAAUAAUAGUUGACUAUCAAAUGGUGAGUUUCGGUUCACCAAUUGUAGACAUUUUACACUUUCUUUAUACUGGAACUGAUCGAGAGUUUAGAAAAAAUCAUAUGGAUAAUUUAAAGGAUCUUUAUCACAAAACAAUGACAAGGCAUUUGGAGAUGUUUGAUUUGGACAUAAGCAAAAUUUAUCCGAGAAGUGUCUUUGAAAAAGAUUUUAAAGAAAAUCUACUUUAUGGGCUUUUUAUUACCCUGUACGCGUUGCGCCUCUGUCUGACAGAUGAACCAGAGAUUAUGAAAACUGAUACGAAUAUGACUUCUGCGAAGGUUAAUGAUGUCUAUAAAGUAAGGGUUAAUGAGACUAUCGAAGAAUAUAUGGAAUGGGGCAUAUUA